AUGUCUGCACGAUGUGCCGCUAAGCAUACGAAGGAAACUAUUAAAUUUGUGCGCGCGUAUAUAAAAUUCUAUAUGCAUACACGUAUAUAUAUAUAUAUACGUGUGUGUGUGUGUGUGUAUGCGUGGAAAUUCGUUUACUAUUUUGUUGUUAUUCGUGUUUUUCCUCCCUCUUUCUCUUGUUUUUUUGUUUGCGUCUCUUGUUAUCGUAGUUUUGGAGUAACAAAUAGACUAGUUUCACAGCAAAAGGUAUCGGCUGCGCAGGGCCGUGUCAUGUCCCGCGCCACUUAUAGCCGUAGCACUUCCCCUUACAGAAGCCCCAGAGGAGGCACUCCUUCCAGAAGCACCGACGCAUCAGCUUUUAUUCGGUUUCUUCUUAGUGAAAACAUCGAUCAGCGCAUUGCUGACACGAAGAGAUGGCUGCGGCGGAUACGCGAACAUAUGCGUAAUAAUGCGCCAAGAAGAUGCUCGCGGUGUUUUGAUCCAUCAAUGAUAUUUUGUGCCAUACGUGCGAGUAGUGCGUUGCUAACAGAGAAGCCGAACCGUCAUCGCAUGUCAGCGAGGCCUCGUCGGUUUCGGUGCUCACUCAACUCAUUUCUUGAUGGGACACCAUUUCUCACACCAAGAGAUUUGUGUCGGUAUAACACUAGUGUUGCCAAGCGGCUGAGUGAUGAUGAGUUGGAGUUGAUGCGGAAAUACGUUUUCGACUAUGAUGAAGUGGCUUUUGCGGAUCUUUUGUAUGGUGAUGAUAUAAUUCCCGAUGAUAGCGAGGAAGGACGUGACGAAUCCCCACGAAGCCGGAGGCGAAUCCUGGCAGCCGUUCGCGCAUUUAAUGAAAGGUCCCGUAUCGCAAUGGAGCGACUCUUCGCAGCCCCUGGUGGCCUUGUGGAUGCCGUCAUGCGCAUUACAUUACUUGUACCUUUAGUGUCGAAUGAUAUGGAUGAUUCUGAUGAAGGAUAA